CUCAGGCUCGGGCGGUGAUUGACACGGAGAGGAGGCGCCUGCUUGUAACAAAAGUCGGCGGCGUCGGAGCGCGCGGGUGCGCGCGUGUUUGGAGAAGCAAUCUAGUUAACAAGUGGCCGCGAUUCACCGCCAGGGGGAAGAGGAGGAGGAGAGAAAAGACAAGAGCCGAGCCUGGAAAAAAAGAGAGGCUGGAGCGCUUGCAAAGGGCUCUGCCACUCCCCGCCCAGCUCUGCAGGAAGGAGCGCGUCUCGGUCUCUCUCCUUGCUUUGGGCUUGACAAUCUCACCUUCCUUGCGCUCUGAUCGACUGGUGGAUUACAUCUGGAGCUACUGCCCCUUACUUCCUCGGUGUCCCCUCCUCUUUCCUUGGGGAGGCUCAGGUUUUUUUAACCCCCUUCUCUCUCUUUUUGGAGGAGUCUAAGUUUGUUUCGAUCGUCGCAAAAGGCUGAAGGGCGGCGGAGGGGAGAAACCAACUGGAGAGGAAAGGCUAGAGAAAGUCCCCUGCGCUCCGCCGCGCCUCUUCUUCGCGGUGGCCUUUUAAAAACAACCAGCGCCGCAUCUUCUCUUUGUCUCCUUCCUCCCCAGCCCAAACAUUUAUCUGUGGUUCGACAUGGUGGGUGUAGCGGGGAGGAGGAGGACGAGGACGAGAGUAUGAAGGCGGCAGGAUGGGAGCGAACAAUGGCAAGCAGUACGGCAGUGAUGGUAAAGGCAGCUCAAGCCUCUCAUCCGACGUGAGUUCAAGUACAGAUCACACUCCAACCAAAACUCAAAGGAAUGCCGCCACCAGUGAAGAUUCGGACCUGAGCAUGCGGACUCUCAGCACGCCCAGCCCAGCGCUAAUAUGUCCGCCAAACUCACACAUUUUACAGAAUGGCCGUGGAUCUUCCACAUCGUCCUCUUCAAUUACCGGGGAGACCAUCGCGAUGGUUCACUCGCCUCCACCAACCCGCCUCACCCAUCCUCUCAUCCGGUCUGCCUCCCGACUUCAGAAGGAACGGGCUAACAUCGACCGGCUGCCGGACCAUUCAGUGAUCCAGAUAUUCUCUUUCCUGCCUACCAACCAGCUGUGCCGCUGUGCCCGUGUGUGUCGCCGCUGGUAUAAUCUUGCUUGGGACCCCCAUCUCUGGAGGACUAUUCGCUUGACAGGCGAAACAAUCAACGUGGACAGAGCCCUGAAGGUGCUGACCAGGCGACUUUGCCAGGACACGCCCAACGUCUGUCUCAUGUUGGAGACGGUAAUUGUUAGUGGCUGCAGGCGGCUCACAGACAGAGGACUCUAUACUAUUGCUCAAUGCUGCCCUGAACUGAGGCAGUUAGAGGUGUCGGGUUGCUACAAUAUUUCCAACGAGGCGGUCUUCGAUGUGGUGUCGCUGUGUCCCAACCUGGAACACUUGGAUGUGUCAGGUUGUUCCAAAGUUACAUGCAUCAGCCUAACCCGUGAAGCUUCCAUCAAGUUGUCUCCUUUACAUGGAAAACAGAUCUCUAUCCGCUACCUAGACAUGACGGAUUGCUUUGUCCUUGAAGAUGAAGGCCUGCACACCAUUGCUGCCCACUGCACUCAGUUGACACACCUGUACCUGCGCCGCUGCAUCCGCAUCACCGACGAAGGCCUCCGUUACCUGAUGAUUUACUGCACGUCCAUCAGGGAGCUGAGCGUGAGCGACUGCCGCUUUGUCAGCGAUUUCGGCAUGCGCGAGAUUGCCAAGCUGGAGCUGCGCCUGCGGUACCUCAGCAUCGCCCACUGCGCCCGCAUCACCGACGUCGGCAUCCGCUACAUCGCCAAGUACUGCAGCAAGUUGCGAUACCUCAACGCACGGGGCUGUGAGGGCAUCACGGACCACGGAGUGGAGUACCUUGCCAAAAAUUGCACAAAACUCAAGUCGCUAGACAUUGGGAAAUGUCCUCUGGUCUCCGACGCCGGCUUGGAGUUCCUGGCUCUGAACUGCUUCAAUCUGAAGAGGCUGAGCCUGAAGUCGUGCGAAAGCAUCACCGGACAAGGCCUGCAAAUUGUGGCGGCCAACUGCUUUGAUUUGCAGAUGAUGAACGUGCAGGAUUGCGAGAUCUCGGUGGAAGCCUUGCGGUUUGUCAAACGUCAUUGCAAGCGCUGCAUUAUAGAGCACACCAACCCUGCCUUUUUCUGAAGCGACAGGUCUCACUUGUUGAGGGAAGCAAAGUAUUAAACAUGUCUGUAUGUACACUUGCACGGAAUGUCUGUAUACAGCAGCUGUACUUUCUGUGUGCCAUAAGCAGAAAACAUAGAGGCUUAGCAUCAUCUACAUUUGGUCCCUAAGACACCUUUUAGUGGCCUUGUUCAAAUCUUUAAAAUGCCAGCAUUUAGUAUUUUAAAAACGUAAUUCUCUAGCCUUUACGGUUACUGAGCUACAAGAUAGUUGUGUGUGUGUGUGUGUGUGUGUGUGUGUGUGUGUGUGUACAGUUUGGAAAGAGAAUAACAGAAGUCCCAGUUUGAUUUUGGCUUCAAAUGCCCAAGUGAGUUGUGACUAAGGCUGCAGGCCUAUACACACUUACCUGGGCGUAAAUUCCAUUGGAAACAAUGAGCCUUCCUUUCAAGUAGACAUGCAUAGGAUUGUACUGGAAAUCCUACUGAAACAAAUGGAAGAAGCCAUGACAAGUCUCAUUGCUUUCAACAAAACUUCACCACAGCUACCUUUUAGCUAAAUUAGGGCCAUAAUAUCUAGACUUAGCCCAUGUUGUCAUUUGAGAGGUUGUCAGGUUUGUCUGUUUUUAGGGCGUGUGAGUUUUUUUACAUUUUCGGUGCUGGAAUUACAGUGAAAUGAACAAUGGUGUCAAGGCAGAAGUGCAAUACACCCACCAACUAUGGUCAUUACGAGUCAUUGUAAUUAGGCAACCAGCAGCAAACUAGCUUUGGCACAGGUGUGUUUUGAAUGUGAUGUUCAGCACUGAACAAAUUGCCUGCUCCCUGCUCUUUGUGUCUGUCAUGAGUCCUGUUGAGAGCUUUUCUUUGAAGCGUGUCAUAAGCCACCUUUAACUCAGAUUGCAUCAAAGUUUCCUGUCCCUGGAAGAAGCAUCUGUGUACAUGAUGUAGCUCUUGCAACGCUCUUUUCUCGUUUCCUCCCUGCCAUCACAAUUUAUCUCUAAAACAAUUACAGGGAAUCUGUGACUUGCCGGGAGUUUGCCUGGCCUUGGUGGCUGAGGGUUAUGGGAAUUGGAGCCCAACAAAAUCUGGAAAGCCACACGUUUCCAUCCCCGAUCUGAAAGGGUGUGGGUUUUCUCGGACUCAGUGCUUUCUGCUAGACUCCAAAGAAACUCUUGAACAUUUCAAAUCUUCACUAUAGUAAAUCCUUUAUAGUUAGAAUUCAUAAUCACAAACCUGCAAUCUGAGCCUGUCUUCUCCUCAUCCCCUCAGGAUCUGUUAGCCUUGUCUCUUUUCAUUUAGCAAUGGGUGGCCAGCCUAUGACACAAAUGCGACAAUCAGCGAACCCAUAAAACUUGUCAUGGCACAGUCAGUCCUUCUUCUUCCAUCUGAGUCUUAUAUUGCUGCCUGCACUUUGAUGCAAUACACUAGAAGUGGGUGGCGCUGUGGUCUAAACCACUGAGCCUCUCAGGCUUGCUGAUCAGAAGGUCGGCAGUUCGAAUCCCA